AUGUCCUCGCUCCGCCAUGUCGUAAAGUCGCGCCCGUACCGCGAGCGGUCCCAGCCUGCUGCGCGCGCCAAGCUCGGGCUGCUAGAGAAGCACAAGGACUAUGUGCUCCGCGCGAGGGACUUCCACAAGAAGCAGGCGUGCGCUGAUACCAUCCACCGCAUGCGCGACAAGGCGGCGGCCAAGAACCCGGACGAGUUUUACUUUGGCAUGAACCGCAGCCAGAUGACGGGCGGCGUGCACAAGAAGGCAAAGGAGGCUGGGCCGUCUGGGGAUGAGCUCAAGGCCUUCCGUAAGGACGACGCCACCUACAAAGUGGCGAAGCUCCGCGCCAAUCUGCACGGCGUGUCGCAGCAGCAGCCGCCUCAAAACAAGCGGACCGUUUUCGGAAAGCACCAGUCCAAGCCGGCAAAGCAGCUCGCGGCGCGCUACUCGGAGCUGCACCAGCGCGAAGAGCGGGAGCGGAAGCUGGCGCAGUGUGUGCAGCGGCUGGCGACGGAGCGCGCGCUGCUUGGCAAGGGGCGGCGCAAGAAGCUGCAGAGCAAGAGCGGGCAGCCGAGGCAGUUCAAGUGGCGACAGGAGCGGAAACGACCCACGGCAGCGAGCGAUUGGGACUUUUGCCUGCAGCCCCGUAACUCGGCCUACUGGCCGCCGGGACACACCAGGCCGACACACAGCGCCUAA